CCACAAGAUCGAUUUAUCUGCGAGCAGCUUGUCAUUCCUGAAUUUCACCUGCGCACCGUUCACACAGUUAGCCACAGCACGUUACAACUGUGUAAUACUCACAAUCUACAGCCAUGGCAGAUCCAAGAAUACGGCAAAUUAAGAUUAAAGCUGGCAUCGUUAGGAGGCUGGCGAAAGAGGAGAUUUCAUACAAAACUGAGGCAAAGCAGCAGGAGGAGAAGGUUGAGCGCAUGAAAGCAGAGGCAGGAGAUCAUUAUGUCAUCAAGAAACAGAUAGAGGUGUUGCAGGAGUCCAGAAUGAUGAUCCCAGACUGCCACCGCCGUCUGACCAUAGCACACGCAGAUCUGCUUCAGUUAUUAGAAACAGAAGAGGAUUUGGCCGAGUCUGAGGAGUACAAGGAGGCUAGAAACAUUUUGGACUCAGUGAAGCUUGAAGGAUGAUUUCUGAUCUGUUUCUGUUCUCACUGUGAGAUUCACUUGCUUUAAAUGUCCAUUCCUUUCGUCAGGCUCUGUUUGCAACCGUGGAGGCAAACUGAAUCCAUUCAAAGUCUCUGUUCUUGAUGUAAUUAUUUCUACUGUUUACUGCUAACGUGCCAGCACAUUUGAUCAUGCCUCUCCUGUGAGUCAAAUCCCACAAGAACACGAUAAAACAUUCAGUUUAUUACAGUAGAGGAGUAGGCAGGGUUUUCUUUAAGAUUUUAUUCGUCAUAUUAAUACACAGUCUGGACUUGCAUGAUUGAACUACUCACAUGUUGUCUUUUCUGCACUUAUAACCAUCACUUUUAAUGGUGUGGGUGCACUGCUGGAUUGAUUUGAAGUAGGAAAGCUUUACACUGGUCGCUAUUGUAAACAGUGCAAAUCUGCAGGUCUCUGUAGAAGCUCCAGUGUUUUAUGAAGUGACAGUUUUCCUUAAUAAUUUUUGAAUUGAUUUUGCAUUCCUUUUAUAUGUAUCUGAUUUAGUUAAGCUCGCAGGACCUUUAUUAGCUCCAACCCUUGAUGAUGAUGAUGAUGAUGCAUCCCAGAAUACUAACCAGAGCAGCAAUUAACGAUUAUUUUCAGUAACAGUAGUUUGUAAAAUGAAAAAUACCCAUCACAAGUUUCCUGAGCUUGUUUUGUGAAAACACAAAUAUAUUCAACUUACAGUGAUGUAAAAAACAGCUGAAAAGCAGCAAAUGAUCACAUUUGAGCAACUAAAACCAGUGAAUGUUUGGCAUUUCUUUGCUUGAAAAGGGACUUAAACGAUUUAUCAGUAUGUCAAAAUUGUUCGGGAUUGUAAUUUUCUUUCAUUCAACUAAUCGAUUAUUAAACUGAUUGUUUCAGCACUAA